GACACUCUUCUCUUUCUUCUGAAUCCGAGGAGCAGAGAAGCUGUAAAACCCUAGUAGUAGAAUAAUGGUGAAGCUAACAGCUGAUUUGAUCUGGAACAGUCCUCACUUCUUCAAUGCCAUCAAGGAGCGAGAGUUGGAGCUACGAGGUAACAAGAUUCCUGUAAUCGAGAACUUGGGUGCUACUGAGGACCAGUUCGAUACGAUAGAUCUGUCUGAUAAUGAGAUAGUUAAGCUAGAAAACUUUCCACUUCUCAACCGUUUAGGGACUUUGAUUGUAAAUAACAAUCGGAUCACUCGGAUAAACCCUAAUAUUGGAGAGUUUUUACCGAAGCUGCACACUUUGGUUCUUACGAAUAACAGGCUUGUGAAUUUGGUUGAGAUUGAUCCACUUGCCUCUAUUCCGAAGCUUCAGUACCUUAGUUUAUUGGAUAAUAAUAUCACCAAAAAGCCGAAUUAUCGACUUUAUGUGAUUCACAAGCUUAAAUCACUUCGAGUGCUGGAUUUCAUUAAAGUUAAAGCCAAGGAGAGAGCUGAAGCUGCGGCUUUGUUUUCAUCUAAGGAAGCAGAAGAAGAGGUUAAGAAAGUAUCUCAGGAGGUGGUUCAAAAAGUGUCAGAUACUACUGAAGAAUCAGAGACUCCAAAAGUCGUGGCCCCGACACCGGAGCAAAUUUUAGCAAUCAAGGCUGCCAUUAUCAACUCCCAGACGAUAGAAGAAAUUGCAAGACUCGAACAGGCUUUGAAGUUUGGCCAGGUUCCUGCAGGCCUUAUAGUUCCUGAAUCUGCAUCUGGUGUUAAUGACGGUUCUGGUCCUAUGGAGGAAUAGAAAAGUGUGGCAUGUUAGCUGCUCUGCUCUGCUCAAAUGCUUACAGCAGUUAUUGUCUGACAAGCUUCACGGUCCGGUAAGGUUUAUGUCACUUAAGAAAUUGUAAACUACUUCUGCUCAAGAGCAUCUAUUUUGAACCCUUGAAAAGAGUGACUAAGAGGAUUGUAAUCUUUAUCCUGCAUUUGCAGAGUGGGAGAGAAAGGCUGCACACAGAAUUUGCCAAUACUCUUUUUUGAAUUUUAGUUUCUUUCUGUUUUUCCUUGCGUCUCGUUGGUCAAUGUAUUCAUGUACUAAGAAACUUUACUAGAUGAGAAACUUGUGGAAGUGAGUUUUCUUGUAGUUACAAGCCGAAAAUCAACAACAUUCAACAAUCUAGAUGUCUUGCCAUCUAAUCGAUCUCUUAUUCAAGAACCCUUUCACUUCAACUUCAAAUAAACAUCGAACAAAUAAGGCAAAAAAAAGAAAAACAAUUGAUCACAUCUUCCUCUUAGUUGCAUGCCUCCAUAGCAAUACCAAGACGAGAAUUAGGAACAUCAAACAAAAUCCUCAGAUUCUGCUGCUGCAGAUUCGCGAUCACGUUCAAAACAGCGUUCGCGUUAUUCAACGGUAUCCCCGCCAUCGACAAACACGCCAGCGUUCCCGCGCUGCUAUGAAUAAGCGUAUUCUCCACGGGCAGCUUCAAAUCGAGUGACGUCAUGUGCAACGUCACCUUUGGCGCCAAGUUAUCGUUAUCCGCGGCGAAACACGUGUCGAACGCUCCCAGCGUCGAGAACGGCCCUCUCACCUGUUUCCUAAACUCGUCUCUAACGGCCUCGUAAACCGGUUGAACGAACCGGGUGAUUACUGUACCGGAAUCGAUUAUCGUACCGGCUCCCGAGCUCGAGUCAAACGUCAGGUACUUGAAGUCAACGGGAACUAGUGUGGGACCGACGCUUAUACCGGUGAGAUUGACGUAGUAGAGUGAAGGACGGUGGGAGCUGCGUAGGAGUGGAGUGUAUCUGAUGGAUCUUGGUUGACCGGUGGGACCCAGCUUCAACGACCCGGAGAAGUAGAAGGACCUGAAGCUAGGGAGGCAGUAGGAAAACACUCCUGCAUAAAGCGACGUCGUUUGGGAGAUUAAUGACGUGGGCCCGCGUCCUAGGCCCAUUAGUCCUUGCGGUGGGAGGGAGUUUCCUGAGGCUGAGUUGAUGCAUCCGAAGGUGAAGUUUGAGAUGACGUCAGAGGCUAACGUCAGCGUGUCUUGGACGAGUGAGGCGGAGAAGGAUGAAUCUCCACCGUAGGAUUGGUUGAAGGAGCAGAUGGAAGGUGGUGAGGGUGAGGAGGAUGGGCACGUGAGGCCACGUGCUUGCGUGCAUUGUGAGGUGGAGCAAGAGAGGGUUGAGUAAGUGGAUGAGGAGUUGGGGUUAAAGUAAGAGGCGGUGGAGCAACCCGAGCAUCCGGAGCAAGGGAGCCAAACGGCGUCGUUGCUGGUGUCUAGGACCAUGAACAUGAGCUGAGGAGGAGUGCCGAGUCUGGCUCUGACGACGUAGUUGCCGGUGUGGAGGAGCUGGUUGGCGGAGGCGACGGGGACGGAGGUUCGGUUGGGUUUGUCGGCGACGAGGCUUGAGAGGUAGGUGAGGCGGUGAGAGUCUGCGGAGGCCAUGUGGAGGACGGUGUCCAUGACGGAGGUGGAGGUUGGAUUUGCUGCGAAUGGUGAGCAUCUGGCGUUGAUGGGGAUGAUUGAGAGAUCUUCGGAGCCGUCGGGAGCGGCGGUCGCACAUGUGUCACGUGUGGCGGUGGUUAGCGUGGACGGCAAGAGAAGGGCUAAUAAGAAGAAGAAAUGGAGAGUUGAGGAGGCCAUGGUUUUGAGAUAAUGUGGUGUUGUGGAUAUAAGAUAAUGUUCUUUGAAUAGGAUGUUGUAUUUAUAUAUGGCUAAAGUGAUAUCUCAAAGUACGAAAAUAUCCUCAACGUCGAG